AUGGCUGGAAUUGGCCAUUUACAGAGUUACCCAGAAUUGUAUAUUGAAAGCAUUUCUAAUGAUCACUGGAAUAACUAUAUUCAACAAAUGUCAAAACAAGGCACAUGGUGUGAUAACAUCAUAAUGCAAGCUGUGGCCAAUGCAUACAACUGUGUCAUUCAUAUCACACAGUCUAAUAUAAAUUCACGUGAAAGUACAAUCUUAACUCCUGUUGCUGAUCAGGAUGGACGAAAGACAAUAUUUAUUGGAUAUAUUAACGAGUUGCAUUAUGUUUCAACAUUGACUGACAAAAACAGUAGAUAUAAAAACAAACUCACAUGCAUAAAGAGAAAAUUAUCAGAAACCAAUGAAAACAGACAUGGUAGACUUCUUAAGCACAGAAAUUACAUGAAAAGAGUCAAAUAUACAGAAACAGCUAAUGAAAGGGCAAGCAGACUUGAAGAUAAGAGAGGCACUUAUAGAAAAACAAUGUCUGAAGAAACUGCUGAAAAGCGAAAAGAGAGACUUAAAAAUAAGAGAGACACUUAUAGAAAAAGAGUGUCUGAAGAAACUGUUGAAAAGCAAAAAGAGAGACUAAAAAGUUACAAAGACUUAUAGAAAAAGAACGUCUGAAGAAACUGUUGAAAAGCGAAAAGAGAGACUUGCAAAUAGGAGAGCCAGUUAUAAAAGGUCUCAAACAAUUUCUGCAGGACAAAAAGAGAGCUCUGCUGGUCCAGUUCACGAACAAAAACAUGCACAAAAUAACAUGAACGAUUUUCAUAAGCCCAAUCAGUAUUCAGUUUGCCAAUGCACUGUCUGUUUUGAAGCAUGGCCAUUGAAAUCCAGUCCAAGGAAGGUUGAUCACUACCAGUGUCAGAGGUGCAUACGAGAUAAACAACAACCAAAAAAGUUUUCUAAGGAAAAUGACAUGGUGCCAUCAUUAGUACCUUUACAACUGCAGGGGUUAACCCAAGUAGAAGAAAUGCUUAUUGCACGUGCACUUCCUGUUAUGCGAGUUUACAUAAAACCUGGUGGACAAAGGGGCUAUUCAGGUCACUGUAUCAAUUUGCCUCAGGAUAUAGCUGAACUAGCACAUUCUCUGCCUAGAUACCCAAAAGAUCUAUCUGUUAUUGUUGUUAAGAUGAAAGGUAAAGAGAACAGUUUUAAAGAUGUGACAGUGCGAAGGCAAAAUGUAGCUGAUGCACUACAAUGGCUUGUUAAUAAUAACUCACACUAA